GAAGAUUUGGUGUUGAAAUUGAAGUGAACAUAACCUACAUAAUAUUUGGACGAUUUGUGACAAAAUCAGGAAAUUGAAGAAGUUUUGGGCAAUAGCCUGUUUUUUCUUUUCCGACUAUUGUAUUGUUCGCUCUAUCUAAUAAAUAAAUAUAAAAAUAUUGUCCAAUUUUCUAAAACAAAUUCAUUCCAACUCUGCUAUCUGCCAGCUAUCGUAGCAGAUAAGGCAGCUCUAGCCAAGCUCCAACACAUAAUAGCUGAAAAACAAACAACUUAGGCACCUCUAUCCUCUUUCCCGUUCCUUACUGGCAUGCAUUAUGAUAAGCAGGACAGUGCAAGAAACAAAUCGGCAGUGAUGAGAAAGUGAACAGUGCGGUUACAAAGUUAGCAGUGAACGGUGCGAUCCCAAAAGUUGCCGUGUCAAGCUGUGUCGAACGAGUGCGUGUAGGCAAAUCAUUAUUAACAGCGGAUUCGAAGAGAGUGAGGAAUUCAAUAAAAUAGUGAACAUUAUGGAUGAUGUCAUAAAUAAAAUGCAAAUAGACAGAGCAGCCUGCCUACAACAAGCAAUCUGUACAGCGGUACAGUCUGCUUCCAAAAAAGUUACAGAAAGGAAAGCAUCAAGCUGGGACAAAAUUAUUGAGGGCUUAGCCAGCAAUAAAUUGUUGCAACAGUACACAUAUGGAUCAUCAACGUAUGAUGCAGCAAUGUAUGGACUGAUGGUGGAUAGCAAUUGUAGCACCAAAUAUGAAGGCUGCAAUUCUGGCAUUCAAAAAAUCAUCAACAUUGCCCACAUAUUUCUUUCAAGGCUUCAAUAGCAUAGAUAAUAUUAUAAGGCUUGAUACCUAAUUUUAUUGGGAUUGUAAGCAGAAAUCGCUUGAUACUAGUCUGAAAUUAUUUGAUGAAUUAAGUGCCUACACCAUACAAGAUAAGGUUUUUGUAAGGACAAUCAUAGAAGAUAAGGUUAAUGUAAGGAAAAUGUGGGAGGACCUCUUAUUUUUCUAUUGAUCUAAUAGUGAACUUGUAUGUUAUACUAUUGCAAUGUGUAGUAUUUGUAACUUAAUUCUAG